UCUAGGCCCGCCUCCACCAGCGCCUGUGAGCCCCGGAGUGCGUGGCCCCCCGGCUUAUUCUGGGGGCUUCAGGUACCGCCCAAGAGACCCUGGGCACGUGCUGGGCGCAGCUGCCUCUUCACCUCUGCCUGUCCGUCUUUGUUUCUGUAUCUGUCUGGCUGUUCCCAAGCUUGUCCCUACUCCAGAACUAAUCUUCCCCUGCGCCAACAGCCCAAGACUCCCUUCCCCAUUCCCAUGGCAGGCUACUUGCCCCCCAAAGGCUAUGCCCCUUCACCCCCACCUCCCUACCCCGUGCCAGCCGGAUAUCCAGAGCCUGUGGCGCUGCAUCCUGGACCGGGACAGGUUCCAUUGCCCACCCAGGUGCCUGCCCCUGCUCCCGGCUUCGCUCUCUUCCCCUCGCCAGGCCCGGUGGCUCCAGGACCUCCUGCUCCCUUUGUGCCUUUGCCAGGGGUGCCUUCUGGCCUCGAAUUCCUAGUGCAGAUUGAUCAGAUCUUGAUUCACCAGAAGGCUGAACGAGUGGAAACGUUCCUAGGCUGGGAGACCUGUAAUAGGUAUGAACUUCGCUCUGGGACCGGACAGCAACUGGGUCAGGCAGCUGAAGAGAGCAACUGUUGUGCCCGUCUGUGCUGUGGUGCCCGCCGGCCACUUCGUGUCCGUCUAGCGGACCCUGGGGACCGCGAGGUGCUCCGCCUCCUCCGCCCACUUCACUGUGGCUGCAGCUGCUGUCCCUGUGGUCUUCAGGAGAUGGAAGUCCAGGCUCCACCUGGCACCACCAUUGGCCAUGUGCUACAGACCUGGCAUCCCUUCCUUCCUAAGUUUUCCAUUCUGGAUGCUGAUCGCCAGCCUGUUCUCCGAGUUGUAGGGCCUUGCUGGACUUGUGGCUGUGGUACAGACACCAACUUUGAGGUGAAGACGAAGGAUGAAUCUCGAAGUGUGGGCCGCAUCAGCAAGCAGUGGGGCGGGCUGCUCCGAGAAGCCCUCACAGACGCCGAUGACUUUGGCCUCCAGUUCCCAAUAGACCUCGAUGUGAGAGUGAAGGCGGUGCUGCUGGGAGCCACGUUCCUUAUCGAUUAUAUGUUCUUCGAGAAGCGAGGAGGCGCUGGACCCUCUGCUAUCACCAGUUAGAAGCCACCUCAGGAUGAGGAGACCAUCCCCUCAGCCAGAAUUUAAGAUGGUCGCCUGCCCUGGACUUUCCCUCCUGAAGCAACCCUUUCCUUGGUAUACACUGCAGCGGACUGACGAGGGUGGGGUGGCAGAGUGCUUGGGAGCCAUUGUGUCCCAUCCGUUCCCUCCUUCACUCGUGGCCCUGCAGAGAAGCAUGUUUGAGACCUGUUCCUCCUUGUGUUUACUAUCUCCCAGCAGUCCCUGUGCACACAUUAGCUUUUAAACUUCCUUUACCCACUCCUUCCAGCCUUCCUCCAGGGCCUCUGUACAGGAUGGGGAGCUUCUGGAAUCCAGGACUCAAGUUUUAUCCUAGGGCUUGUGGGUAAAAAGCAAGCAGCACCAAAGACAGCAGACACCACCCUUCCCUUAUGGCACUUUAGCCAAUUAGUUUAGCUUCAGACUGUGGCACUCUGAAGGGAAUCCCUGCCUCCUCACUAAUAGCUGUAGCAGUUGGGACCCAGUGCCAGCUCCCUAACCCCCUGGGCCCUGCUGGUGCUUUCUGCAGCUUCCUGUGCCUUAUUUAAUCAUUAACCCCUUCCUUCCCCUACUGUAGGAAGGAGGCUGUGUCUUUGUAUGUUGUACUCAUAUAAACUUUGCAACUUUUUAAACAGUAGAAGACGGAUGUGAUGGGAGAGGGUAGGUACGGGAUAACACAAAGGGAAUGGUGCCUGCUGGGCUAGAAUCGGCCAGCCUAGAAUCUAUACUAUUUGGAUUAAAG